UCUCUCCCUCCCUCCUCGCCCCAUCUCCAUAGCCCCUCCCCCUCUUCUUCUGGAGAUGAAACAUGAGAUCUCGGUUUCUGGAUCUCGACAACAAGGGUUGCGCGGCGAACCAGACGAGCGAAGCCGAGCACGAGGGGAGGAGGCGGAGAGGGCAAAACCAGAGGCCGGCAUGGCUGGAGCAGCUCUUGAGCACCGACUUCUUCGGGCCGUGCGAGGCCCACAAGGACAUAAAGAAGAGCGAGAUCAACAUCUACUGCGUCGACUGCCGCUGCAGCAUGUGCGCCAACUGCCUCUCCCUGCCGUCCUCCCCUCACCGCCGCCACCGCCGCCUCCAGAUCCGCCGCUACGUCUACCAGGACGUCGUCCGCGUCCUUGACAUCCAUAAACUUCUCGAUUGCUCCAAAGUCCAGUCUUAUACGGUGAACAGUGCCAAGGUGUUAUUCCUCCACCCCCGGAAUCAAUCGAAGUCGUCCAAACCCAACCCCGGCAGCCCUCUUUGCAACAUGUGCAGUCGCUCCGUUGCCGAGCCUAAUCGCUACUGCUCCGUCGCCUGUAAGGUGUUCGACGAUUCCAAGGACGCAUCCACCGCCCCUGUUGAUGAGUGCGACCGAUCAGAGCCGUGCUUACCACAUCUGACGUCUGACUUCGAGGACGAGCCCGAUGCUGAAGCGUCCGACGCGAGCCAGGAUGGGAGUCCCGACUCGCCUCGCCCCGGUUGGAGGACACGUGUCAGGAAAGGAGUUCCCCAAAGGUCGCCAUUCUUCUAAUUGAAUCCAACCUACUUACCAUUUGUUUAGCCGUCGAAUCAAUAAAUGCUUAGUAAAUAAAUAGCUAAUUAAACGCAUAUCAUCAUUCCAUUUCUGUUAUAUCUGUGCUUAUAUUUGGAGUAUUUUUUUUCUGACUUAUCAAAUUAGAAAUCCAGAUGAUGAAAACAUGAUGGUGGAAUCAAAAUUGGAUGUAGAUA